UGGAGAUCAUCUUCCAAUCAGUUCAGUUUGAGCUAAAUUGUUGACAAGCUACUGUAUGUUUUCUCCCAAACCUAUGCAAGCCAGUCAGCAAACAGACGUCUGAAAAGGGCAUCGUUGUUCCUCCCUGGACACACUUCAAUAACCGACCGAGAAUCAGGUAAGAUACAUUUUUUUUUAAUGUUGGACCACCACCUUUGUCCUAGAAGACGUUUGAAGCAGAGCCAGCUGUGAAAAGUCAGCUGGCUAACAAGCAAACAAAAGUUGUCAGCGAGCAACUUGUUUGUGCCCAACUCGAAAGUCUUUAUCAGUACAAACCGAUUUCACUCUGAAUUCCAUAGCAGAUAGUACAUUUUGAGACUGAGCUAUGAACAACUUUUGCAAAUAUAAAGAAUAAGCGGUAGCUUGCUGUUUAUUUAGCUAGCUACAUUGUCUAGCUUGUUCGUUUAACGCUUUCCUCUCUGCUUAACAUGAGCCUGAAUAUGGGGUCAGCUGAUGGUGUCCUCAUGCGGGGGUCCUUUGGAUGGAACACUGAUGGAAACUUCAGCUCUGUGUGCCCCAAUGGGUCGGUAUGGGUUUGGGAAGGGCUGGGGGAAUGUGCCCAGGAUGCCAGGGACAUGGCCAGUGUCAUCCUGGGUCUGCUGUCUAUAGUGUGCUUCAUGGUUUCUUCUCUGCCGUAAGUCUUGAUUGGGAAUACAUUAUUUCAGGCCAUUUCCGAUGUAAGGACAACACCUUUACUCUUCCUAUUUUGUUGUGUUCAUGAAUACAGGCAGUACUACAGCUCUUGUAAGAGUGGGAAUAUGGACAGCGCCUUGUCCAUUUGGUUUCUGUUACUGUGGCUGGGGGGCGACUCCUGCAAUCUUGUAGGCUCAUUCUUAGCUGACCAACUGCCGCUACAGGUAAGUGACAGCUAUCUGGGUCAGUCAAUAUUACUGAAAUGGUUUGAAUAACAAUAGAAACGUUUGUCUGUCAAGCAUGAAAAUAGGGGGAUAAACUGAAAUUGUCAACUCCAAGAUACUAAUGAAAAGAUAACGACAUUUUAAUGUUACAAAAAAGUGUAAUGAUAUGCAUUUAAACAAGUAUUCCCCUUGUCCACCGCACUGACAUGUCUCUCUCCCCCUUCUCAUACAGGCAUACACAGCAGUGUAUUAUGUCCUGGCUGACUUAUUGAUGCUGGGAUUGUACUUUUACUACGUAGCUAAGCACAAGAUGAAUAACAGUGAGUUUGUGUUUUUGUCUGUUAAUGUAUUUGAUCUCUGUUCCAAAUUAGCUGCUGUGAGAUUUGUCUUCUCAAUAAUAAAUCAAGGCCAUUGGUCAGUGCACAUUCCACACAUUUACUAUUAAUUGAGGCCUCUGUGUGUUACACCGGGACCACAGUUUGUAAUAUACAGUAUAACGCAUGACAGAACAGGGUAUGGCUUGUCCAUGUUGUCCUAUGUUCUGCCCAUUCAGCAAAUGUUCAUUCCAAGACGCCUUCGUAAAAAUGGCUCAUUAUGCCAUAGAACACACUGCAAGGUUGUGUUUUAUACAUACAACUGUAUACAGUUGUUAUUUAACAGUUCAAUGAACCUGACGGGUGUCAGAUUAGACUGCUGUAGCCUAUACACAGAGGGUCCCCAGGAUUAGUUUUGAGAAACAGACAUUCAUUACACAGGAGGAAGAAUCAUACAAAACUAGUGUGAUGUCAGCAAUACUACUAGUGAUGUCAGCAAUACCUUGCAUCACCACCACAUUUUGUUCUUUCGUUCCUAAUUGUUGUCGCAGCCAUUGACACCAUGACCCUUGGUUGGAUGAAUUUGCUGAGGUGGCGUCUACCAAUAUUGACGACUAAUAUCUUUAUUUUUCCUUUACCCAGACAGGUCGGUUCUAAAUGUAGUUGGUGUGGUCUAUGUACUGGGCUUCUCUGCCAGCCUCGUUGCCUUACCUGGGUCAGGGUCCCAACAGGAUGUGGUCCUCUCUGGGUUCAAGGGGCGGGCCUUGCUGUCAACCACUGUGGACGGUGUUAAGGUGAAAUAUGGGCUGGAUGUUAAUGUAAUUGAUUUGUUGAUUUUAUUCUGGCCUCUGGCCAACGUUUUAUCUCUCUGAGUGACAUGCAGACGCUUUGUCUUUGUGUGUCCAGGCUUUCAGCACCAAGGAGAUCAUUGGGUUUACCAUUGGCUCCAUAUCCUCAGUGCUCUACCUCUGCUCCAGACUGCCACAGAUGCACACUAAUGUGAGUCUGAAAAGGGGGAGUGGGGAGGGGUUGUUAAGGGAGUGAACGAGUACUGGGUGGACAGAUCAUUUUAAAGUGGAUGCGAAAACCUCCCUGUAAAAGUGUUGCAUGGAUCUUUUUCUUUCUCCUUAUAUUUAAAAUGUUUCUUUCUCUGGUAGUACACAAGGAAGUCGACGGAGGGUGUGUCCUACUUCCUGUUUGCCCUGGUCAUCCUGGGUAACACUACGUACGGCCUGAGCGUGCUGCUGAAGAACCCUGAGCAGGGCCAGGGAGAGGGAAGCUACGUCAUCCACCACCUGCCCUGGCUCAUAGGCAGCCUGGGCACCCUCUCUCUAGACGUCCUGGUAUCCUUCUCAUUAUGAAAAAUGUAUGCACUCACUGACUGUAAGUCGCUCUGGAUAAGAGCGUCUGCUAAAUGACUAAAAUGUAAAUUACAAUGCCUACUGGGCCUCAGGCCUCCCCAACAACACGUUUACUUGUAACAUUUAGUGUGCUUUGACUUAACACUUAGCUUCUGCUUUUGACUUUGUAUUACAAUGACCCUAAUGAACUUACCUAAAUGCAACAGGUUCAGGUUGGUUUUUGACUAGUAUUAUCUAAGUACAUUAUCCUAUAUGCCAGCCUGCAGUUGUUGGAAUGUGUUUCCUUUAUAGUAUCUAAAAGUUUGACCAGUUAAAAAAAAAAAAAAAAAACUUCAUGAAUUCCCUUGACUCGCUGCUUCAGAUCUCCAUACAGUUCCUGAUAUACCGCAAUAACGCCCCUCUAGAGUUGGAAUCGCAGCACGAUGAGAGAGCUGCUCUGCUGGACAAAUGAAACUGCUCCUUGGGUGCUGGAUCUACAGUAGCAGUUCAGACACUUAUCCCCACCCAAUGGACUCUCAUUCACAUUCCUAAACACUAAAUCAUAACUUUUUGACACACAGGAAAUCCCUUUCUUUUGACUAUCGUUUUAUUUAUAUGAUCUGUGUUUUAGUGUUUUGAGAAAGAUGCCACUGUUAAUUGGGAUGCAGCUGUAGUUUACUUUAAUGAACUGUUCUUAAUUCCUCUUAAUCUUUAAGUGCUGGACCUUCCAACCGUUUGUCUAAAUACUUAUAGUAUUUCAAAUUUGUAACAAACCCGUCCUGACAAUCAUGACACUACUACUGGUCACUACGUGAAACCCUCUCAUUGUCAUAUUAGAAUAGUCUUGUUAUUGUAUUUCAGAAGUGAUUGACUAUAAAUAUUUUUUGCAGAUCACUUCAUGUCUUUUGAGUAUAGAGACAUGAAUCUUAGUGUCUUGACAUGUUCAUGUGGAUUUAUUGUAACUUUUAAUUAGUGUAAAUGUCUGAAGUACUGUACUUAAUUUAUUUUAUUGUUUACAUAAAUUGCCGUUAAGCAUUUUGCAUAUGUGUACAUUUGAGAUUUAUGUACUUUUUUGGGGGGUAUGUCUUCAGAUCUGGAGACUUGACCUCAUGUUUGUUCAGUGUAAGCACACAGCAAUGAUGCUCCUGUUUCUUUUUUCUUAGUCUGUUCCCUAAACAAAAAUGGUGUUACAUCAGUCUACUGAUAUGCACAGGAAGGAUUUAAUGUUUUAUCACAUUGAUAGUGUCUCAUUCCCCACUUACUGCUACAUUUAGGCAAUAAAAACAAAAAAUUGUUAGAAAUGAGUUGCGGGAAUGUGUUUCUCAUUUUGAUAAAUGUUUGUUCUGUUUCACUAAUACGCUCAAUAGGACACAUCAUGCUUUUAAACAAACUGAAUUUGUAUGGAGCCCUGAUGUCAUUUGGGCAGUGUACCUGAUCUUUAGUGUGUUAAAUACGCUGGCAACGUGAUUUCAUUUUCCACCUUACUUCCAUAUCCAGCCCAUACUGUUUUUGACUGGACUUCAAGAUUAUAUAAUAAAAUAAUGAAAAGUCCUUUGGAAAUUAUUCAGACCCCUUCACUUUUUCCACAUUU